CCAUUUAUAAAUCACACUCCAGCUGGAAGAUUGCGCAGGUGGAUCCACCUCACAUCCCGCCCACAACACACCCACAUUUUACCAUGAAUGGUCAAUGCAAAGUAACUCAUGAAUGUAUUUCCAUAUAAACAAGCUGCUGAUCCACGGCAUUUUACGCUCAGUCAUGGCAGAAAAAAGAAAAGGAAAUUUUUCGGAGACCGAGAUAGAGGUGCUUGUGGAUGAGAUGGAGGCCAGGAAGAGUAUUUUGUUUGGUGGUCAUAGUAGUGGCAUCACUAACAAAAGAAAAGGCACCGAGUGGCAGCAAGUUGUCACCUCUGUCAACAGUGUGAGUUCCACAGAGAGAACUGUGGCAGAGGUGAAAAGGAAGUGGUCUGAUUUGAAGGUGGAGGCCAAGAAGAGAGUGACAUGCCAUCGCCAAAGCAUGUCUGCUACAGGUGGAGGUAGAGGCAAACCUGAGCCCACACCUCUGGACAGCAGGAUAGCGUCCAUCCUCGGGACGGCCAGCGGGUGUGGAAUCAUGUCAGAGAAGGAAGGAGACACCGAUUUGGCAGAGCCCACAGAGGAGACCGAGUUGGAAACACUGGCUGACGAGGAAGUUCUGACCACAGCGUGUCCUGUCAGCGUGGAUGAAUCCUGGCUGUCCCCAGUACAAGUACAUCCUGAGACCAUGGCACACCCAGAAGUGGUCGGAUCCUGACAGACAGAGUCCUACAAUCACAAAGGGACACCAUCGGUGCCAUAAAUGAAAUACGGGAUGAGCUCCAGCAAAUACGCACCGUAAUGAACAACAUGUGUGAGGUCCUGUCUGACAUUGCUGCCUCUAUUAAAGAUCUUGUUAAAAAAAAAAUGAAACAUACUUUCGGUCUUUUUGCAAACGCUGCAUAACACCCCGGCUCUACAAGUGUAAUAUGUGAUGACAAUAAAGGUUUGGGAUCAAUCUGGCUUCAAUUCACCACCUCACCGUCUGGCACUGCCGUUCCCUCUGUCUCCAAAAUGUCCGUAAGCAAGCAUCAAUUUUGGCGCAGCGGUGCGCAAAUUCUCACGCCAAGUUUAUUUUUAUAAAUCACAACCUUUGCGUUGGAAGUGGCGUACGUAACUUUCUAGCCCCGUUUUGUGCGUACGCAAGCUUUAUAAAUGAGGCCCCAGGUCUUU